AUGUCUAGAGAAGAAGAAAACCCCAACUUAGUGCAGGAGGAAGAUGAAUUUCUCAACGUUGACGAAGUAGCUGAAGAAGUCCCCGAAGCAGAAGGUCAAGAACCAGAAGAUGACGAAGAAGAUGUAGAUAUGGAUGGAGAAGGACAAUUUGAUGAUGAUGAUGAACAGCGUAUUGAAAUAGAUAUGUCUAAUAACUCAUGGACAUAUUUCGAUCAACACAAGGAUUCCAUUUUCAAAAUCUUCAGCCACCCAACUUUACCAAUGGUUGUCACUGGAGGUGGAGACAAUACCGCCUUCAUGUGGACUACUCAUACUCAACCACCAAGAUUCGUUGGUGAAUUACAGGGUCACAAGGAAUCAGUAAUUGCCGGAUCUUUCACUUGUGAUGGUUCAUAUGUCAUAACUGGAGAUAUGAACGGGUACAUACAAGUUCACAAAUCCACCAAAAACGGUCAAAAAUGGGUCAAGUUUGCUGAUUUGGAAGAAGUUGAAGAAAUUUUAUGGAUCGCCGUGCACCCAGUGUUGCCCCAAUACUUUGCAUUUGGUGCCAAUGAUGGCAGUGUGUGGUGCUAUCAAAUAGAUAGCGACAGUAAGAGCUUGGUGCAAUUAAUGACAGGAUUCCUGCAUUCAUUGGAGUGUAACGGAGGGUUGUUUGUAAACGUUAACGAGCCUGAUACUUUAUCAUUAGUCAGCAUUUCUGAAGACGGUUCCAUUGUCAAUUGGAACUGUUUCACUGGAGCAGUCAACUACAAGUUAUCACCUUUCGAUGACUUCAGAGGAGUGGAAAGCCCUUGGGUUUCCAUUGCUGCCCAUAAAAACGUUAUAGCUGUUGGUGCUCGUGAUGGACAAUUGGCAAUAAUAAAUAACGAUAACGGGAAGUUGGUACAUUCUGUGAAGACCAUUGAUAAUGUUGAAGACAUUGCGGAAUUAUCUAUUGAAGCGUUAGCUUGGUGCGAAAGUGAUCAAUAUAACUUAUUGGCUGUUGGAUUGGUGUCUGGUGAUUUGCUUUUGUUUGACUCAGCACAAUGGAGAUUAAGAAGAACCAUAAAGUUGGACGACACAAUCACUAAAUUACAGUUCCUCGACGGGAAUAGUCCAUUCUUGGUUGGUUCAAGCAUGAACGGUAAUAUUUACAAGUGGGAUGCUAGAACUGGUGAAGAAUUGUUCGUAGGUGUUGGACACAACAUGGGAGUCUUGGACUUUGCUCUCACUGAAGAUGGUAAAAAGUUGAUAACUGCGGGUGACGAAGGUGUCUCAUUAGUGUUUAACACAUCCGCAUAA